GCCGUCCGGAUCUUCUGACUCCUCAGAUUUUCCAAUGUCCAGUUUCCAGUUUCCUCUCAAUCCAGUGUCUUCCUCCAUCUGAACCUCCACCUGCCACCGGCCCCACAGCAGCGCCCCCCCUGCAACGCCCCCUCCAGUCAUGGACAGCAUCCCGCGGCGGUGGGUGCUGAAGCCCCUCUCCCCGCUGCUGCAGCCCUCGGACCUGCGCUCCCUCGCCGGCCCGGUGCAGAGCGAGUCCACCGGCCCCGAUGAUCUGGUCUUCACCUACGACAGCACCUUCGUCUCCUCAAGGCUCGGCUCCCCCCAGCAGUGCGCCUGGUCGGGGGACGUGGUGGUCCAGGCCCGGCAGGUUGCGUUGCAGCACGGAGGUGAUGCCAGUGACGAGUGGCGUCCCAGCAGCCCCGGCUCUCCCGGCAGCUCCGGCUCUCACUGCGGUUUCUACUCGUUCGUGGAGGACCCGGAGAGUCCAGAGGCCGAGCUGAACGAAGCCUGGAUGGUGUCGCCGCAGCGACAGGUGCAGCUCGCCACCCUGAAGGAAGAUAAAGUAUUCAAACUACAGACCUAUGCCGGUGGCAGGAAGCCGGAGAGUCUGUUCGCAGACAGCAGCGGGGACUCGCCGUACGAAGUGGAUCCGAGAAACGGAACCGACGCGGUUUACGAAGAAGAAGAGAAGCAGCUACGGCAGGAGAUCAUUCGCAGUCAGGCGCCGAAGAAGAGCUUCAGAGAUCAGUGGAGCGCGCUGGAGACCCUGGACCUAAGCAGACUGGUCCCAGGUUUUAGCUUGAGUUACAGUUCAGCCCGUUCUGGACAAGAAUCCUUCUGCGCCGCCGAGCCUGGGACCGUGGUCCAGGAGCAGAUCAACUUCAGUGCAGCGCGACAACAGUUCCUGCAGAUGGAGCAGGACCGUCUGACGGCGGCAGGUUUGAUGGAGCGGGACCAUUUGACGGCGCCAGGUCUGAUGGAGCGGGACCAUCUGACGGCGCCAGGCCCGAUGGAGCAGGACCAUCUGACGGCGCCAGGCCCGAUGGAGCGGGACCGUCUGAUGCCGCCAGGCCCGAUGGAGCGGGACUGUCUGACAGUUCCGCCCGAUCCGAUGGAGCGUCUGAUGGUGCCACCCGGACAUACGCUUUAUUGGUGGAUAUACAGUAAUCCUGGAGAUUUCUUAGUGGGUAUACCUGCGUAUUACGUAGUCUACAUCCCUGAUCAUGAGGUAAAUCUAUAUUUUUCUGUUUCUUUAACUCUUAGCCGGCAGGGCAGUGUAUUUGAGGAUCUGGGCUCCGGCCUGGAGGAGCAGCAGGAGAACAGGAUCAGCUAUGAGACCCCGAUAGAAAGGGAGAUCCGGUUAGUUCAGGAGCGCGAGGAGAACCUGCGGCGCUCUCGAGGUCUGAAGCUCAGCGACGGCCGAGCCGAGAUGGUCCAGAUCAGAACCAAACGUCUGGCGUCGCCGCUGACGCCCGGCAGAGCCAGAGAGAGGAGCCGGGGGGGCUUCAUUAUCCAGAAGGAGAACCACGGAGGAGGACUGGGACCGGGAACUCACAACAUGAGAGUAGGACAAUCCAGUCUGGAUCCUCUGCAGGUGCUGGAGGACAUCAAGACAGAAUUAAACCAGCCAAACAACAACGAUAGGACAGCAGAAGGACACUCUGAGUCCAUGUUGGCGUGCUUUCCUCAUCGACACCCUGAGGACACCAAGUUGUACCUCCGCCGAAUGAGUCCGGAACAGUCUUAUGUUUCUGAGACCAACUCAGACAUCCAGGACGCAUCCGGUUUCAGCCGGCAUCAAACCACGAGAAUCCUUCUGAAGGACCAAUCAUCUCCUUCCUCCCCGACAUCAUCCAGCUGUCGUGAUCUGCCCGCCCCCACACCUCAGCGCAGCGCAGCGCCACGGUCCUGGCGGGAGAACCUGGAGUCCACCGGGUUGACGCCUCGUGGACGCGGCACUCCGGACUUCAUCGAGAAGGAGAUUGAGGAGGCACUGAGACGAGAGCGGGAGCUGAAGGAGCUGAGGGAGAAGAGGGGGGGACGGAAGGACAGUGGUAACAGGGGGAUUAAGGAGGACAGGGGGAACAGUGAGAAGUUCAGCAGGAAGAUCCAGUUCGUCCAGACCCUGCAGGAGUUGUCUCAGUUUGUUCCCAUAGAAAGACUUCAGAUCCCAGACGCAAUCCGCCAGUAA